AUGGGGGCGCGGCUGGGGCGGCGGGCAAGGGCAGCGGCCGGCUCAGAUGCCCCUGCGGCGACAGGGGCUGGGCCCGCGCCCUACGAGCGCCGGGUGCGCUGGCUGCGAGAGAUCCAGUCCACUCUCCGCGAGCGGCGGCCGGAGCGCGCCCGGCAGCUGCUGCGCCUCCUGCGCCAGGCGAGAGAAGGAGCGGGGCGGCCCGGGAUUGGGGGGGUCAGGGAGGAGCCGGGGCUGCGGGCUUCUGGGCGGGACCUGGGCCUGGAAGGGAACCUCCUCACUGACAUCCUCUACAGGAAUGUGGCUUUGCUUAACCUGGUGGACCCCAUCUCCCAUGACUUGCUGGUGAACCUGGCCCGGGACCUGCAGUGUCCCAAGAAGGACCACGAGCCCUGGAAGUCGUCCGAUAAGAUCUGUCGGCAGCUCAUCUACCACCUCACCCCUCACUCCAAGCGAAAGCCCCACAGGAAAACCCAGAACAGCCUCAAGAGCAGCCUCCAGAAGCCCCCGCUGGCAGGGGAGACCGUGGACCUUUCCGGCAUCCCGCUAUCCGCCCGAGAUGUGCAGCACAUAGCACGCUACCUGGGCAGCCAUGGUGUGGAGCUGGUGGUUUUAGACCUGAGCUUCACGGAGCUGAGUGAUGAGAUGCUGCACCGCUUGCUGCCCAGCCUUUGGGCUCUGCCCCGCCUCACCCAACUGCUGCUCAAUGGCAAUCGGCUGACGCGAGCUGCUGCCCGGGAACUCACCGAGGCUAUCAAGGACACCACCAAAUUCCCUGUGUUGGCCUGGAUAGAUCUGGGAAACAACGUGGACGUGUCCUCACUGCCCCAGCCGCUGCUGGUUGGCCUGCGACGGCGCCUGAGUCAGCACACCUCGCUCCCUACCAUCUACGAGGGGCUGGACCUUGAGCCUGGGGGAGGCGUGGCUGAGACCACGGCUGCGGUCUCCACCUGGGGCUCUGCGGCUCCUGAGCCAGGACCGGAGCCGCAGGGUUGCUGUGCUAGGUGACUAACAACUGGUCUGGUUCAUUGCUACCGAGUGA